AUGGCGACAGUGCUGGCGAGAGACCCGGUUCGUAAAGGCGAGGAUGGGCAGCCGUUGCUUUCGCUGGACGGCGCGCCUCCUUUGGGAGCACCCGUCGAGGAGAAGCGCUUUUGGUUCCAGCGAGACAAGUCUUACGACCCCUUCGCCAUCGCCACCCAGCCGAGCGUGUUCGACGACCCCGAUACUGCCGAGAAGUAUCAUCCUCGACCUGACUGGGAGAAUUAUCACCGGUUCGACCCACUGGCUCGGUGGACAUGGGCAGAAGAGUAUGCUCUAGGUGAGAGAACGCGCGCUUCCAUCUCUCAUGUCAAUUGCAAGUGUUCUGACAAACAAGGUAGUGCGCAAGAUAGACCUGAAGAUCAUGGUCUGGGCCUGCAUCAGUUGAGUUGCAUCCUCUGA